AUGGUUGCCGUUUCGCACCUCGGCCUGAGCACGACGACUAAAGGAGAGGAUGAAAGCAUCGGGGUUGCGGAGGGGCGAUGGCGAUGGAUGGGGGGUGGCGCAAAAAUGAACACUUAUCGUUCAGGGUGUGGCUCUACCAUGAGGUACAGUAUCAGGAAAACCAGCAUAAAAUAUCUAAAUAAUCGCAUUUUAUUAUUUAAAAAAAUAAUCGGAUGGUAA